ACAGUGCCUGGGUGUGGCUGACCUUAUAUGAAAGUGGUAUCAUAAACGAAAGCACUGCGAACAACAGUAUGGCGUCUCCAUCUGAGUCUGACGAGGAAAUCGCUUCUGACAAUGAAUCCACUGGUUCGGAAAGUGACGAACGUUCAGAUGUAGAAACUGAUUGUCAGUCUCCAGUGGGCGUGCCCUGCAAGUUUUACAACAGCAGAGGUGGCUGUCGGGAUGGUGCCAGGUGCUCUUACCUGCACGUCUGCAAGUAUGCCCUGAAAGGAAACUGUCGUAAUGGAUCCAAUUGUAAGCUGAAGCACGACAGAGCUGGAAGUGCGUCGUCUGGUGCAAGCAACAGGGCUUCGGUCCGAUCAGCAUCUAGUGAUGAAGAAGAGAGAACAGACCCAAAGCUCACGGAUGGCCGAUUCUACCAGUGGCAGCUGAAUGAUGGAAACGGCUGGAUGGAUAUUGAUAAUGAUCACGUCAUCGAGGCUCAGUACUCGCUGCCCCACACAAAAAGCAUUAAAAUCUACAACACACCAUACGGGGCAGUGAGUAUAGAUUUUAACAGAAUUAGAGUGUGUGGAAAGAGUCUGAAAGUAAGACGUUUGGAUGAUGGAAAAACUGUGUGGAACUGGUACUGCACCUUGCGUCGUAAGUGGAUCAAGUAUGGAGACAAGGAUUCGAAGGGCAACACCAGUCCUGUGACGAGCUCUGACAUAGAGAGGAACUUCCAGAGUGACCCAAAAGGUUCUUUUACUUUCAGCGUUGGUGCAGAGACCUUAGAGAUUAGAUUCAAAGAAAAGCGACAGGUGGGUAAAAGCAGAAAGAGGAGAGUAACUCGUCGACCAGUCUAUCGACAACAGCAAGCAGUGGCAGCAGGAGUUUCUCAAGCAGCCUCAGCUGUCCGGACUCUGUCUGUGGGCACCAGACCAAAGUGGCAGUUUAAGGGAGACAACGGAGGAUGGCAUGAGUUCAAACACAGGAGAGGUACUCCCUUUGAAUGCUCAGUAGACAGUAAAGACAUCGAAAAGACGUACCAGCAAAACCCCAGCGGCACCCUGUCCUUCACAGUGAAAGGAGACACCUACAAGUUGGACUUUGGAGCGAUGAUGCAAACCAACCUCAAGAACAACCAUACACGCAAGAUCAGACGUCUGAUGGUCUGAGCAUUAAAGGGGAUUUUGAAGCCACUCAUGAAGAAAGUCUACAAACAACUGUGCAAUACUAUACUUCCAAACAAUCAUUUUAAUCUAAAUUUCUUCUGGGGUGUUUUGGGGUUUUAUUGAUUUGGCUCUUUGUUGGAAAUGUAAUGUUGUGUUUACAUUGGAAAGGAAUUCAGGAUAAAAUGUAAUAUUAUUAUAUAGAUUUUUUUUUUUUAAAUUAGGGAUUGUGUCAAAAUGGUUUUUCUCACACUUAAAUGCUGCCUAUGUACUGUACCAACCUGCCUUUUACCAAUCUGUUGUUAGACACAUACAUGACUGCCAUAGUAGGAGAUGAGAGUAGGGACAAACCUCAAAUUAUCAGACAAAAUAUUUGGUAUUUAAACACUGCCUGUUCUAAUAUAACAGAAUUCAUUCAUUCAGAACCAAAUCUGAUGCAAAUUCAAGGCCAUUUCUACACCUCACAGCAUUAUGCUACCGUUGAGGUGUUGUAUGUGACAUGAGUUACAUGUUAACACUAUGCAAUAAAAAUCCAUGAUUGUAGACCUGCGAUUCUUUGGUUCACUUCGUAUAUGUUUUUUUUGCUCUAGGUGGUCAAUUCCAGCCUUGGAUUGUAAGGUUUAUGCUGCUUUAUAGUAGUAAAAAAUUGCGCAAUCAGUUUUUGUGUGUGUGUGUAUAUUUCUUCUUAUACAAUCAAGGAAGAAAAAAAGUUUGAAUGGUGCUGACCAAUCAAAAAGGCUGCUAAAUGUUGUGCAUGAAAAGGUUUCAAUAAAAAGAAGCAGCAGUAGUACAUUGAA